UCCGCUCCCCGUCACGCACCUUCCCGCCGCGGCACCGAGCGGGGCGGCAGCGCGGCCCGCCGGCCCCGGGCGAGCGGAGGGAAGGGCGCGGACCUGUCGGCGCCAGGAAAUAAAGGCGUUCUGAGGCAAGGAAAAUGCUGACGUUUGGUUGCCUUUCCUUCCGACAACCCUAUGCAGGGUUAGUUUUAAACAAAGUCAAAACAGUAGAGACUCGCUGGACUCCUCUGCUAGCAGGCUACAAGAACUGCACCGUUGCUCUCCAUAUAGCUGUUAAGGACUGGGAAGAUGAAUCCUGGAGAGCAAUUCUUUUGGAUAGGCUUGGUAUGACACCAACACAAGUGCAAGAUUUGUUGGAUAAAGGCGAAAAGUUUGGCAGAGGAGUUAUUGCAGGAUUAAUUGACAUUGGAGAGACAUCACUAUACACAGAAACCUUACCUCCUGAAAAGAUUCUGGAGCUGGAAAACAAAGCUGUCCUCAGUAAUCUAGAAGAGAAAUAUUUGACUGUUGUUUCAAAUCCAAGGUGGCUCCUGGAACCAAUUCCAACCAGAGGGAGAAGAGGUGUGUGGCAGGUGAACAUCCCUGAAGAACUGAUCCCUUUGGAAGUGUCAAUGCCUUCAGGAAUGCUGGAGGAGGCCAGGCAGUUGUCAGAUGUCCUCACCUGGAAGCUGAUGGGGCUGGGGCUGCUGGAGCUGGCCAGGCUGUCAUCCUCCUCAGCAGCCUGGGACUGCAGAAGCCUCUGGGCCUCCUUGCUGUGCUGGUGCCGGAUAACUGGUGAGGCCAUGGACCAGUGGUUCUGUGUUUUCCCUGAGGCCAUUCUGCAGCUGUUGGACCAAGGCCUCCUUGUCCAGCCCGUGGCAGCACAGCCCACGCACGGUCGCACCUUCUACUGACAUCACCUGCCACCACUCUGCCUCAUGGAUCGCCUGCAGCUUCUGGCGCAGCCAGGGCAGCACAGGGUCAAUGAGAUGCUGGUGUUGCCAGAAAAGUGCCCCCAGACCUCGGGCAGGAGGCUGCUCACAGGAGCCCUGGCCUCUGUCCCCACAGCCUCCUGCUCAGCUGAGGACAGCAUCACCUGCAGAGAGGACACAGGGGACUCUGCAGGGCCACAGGGGCUGUGGGCUGGGAGCCCUGCCUGCCCUUCUGGCAACUGACGGCUGUGCAGGGAAUGUGAUGAGACUCCAGGCAGUCAUCUUCUCCCUGCAAAGAAAACUUGACUAUCGCUGCUUGGCAGUAAGCUGGAUGACCAUGUGCCUGAUGAGAACGUAGUUAUUUCCUUGUUUUGCUAGUACAUGUGGCUUUUGGUUUUGCAAUUAAACUGUAUUUAUCUCAACCCA